AAAAGAAGGAAGCGUUCGAAGGGGCGGGACAGACAAAAUAUAAAAGUGUCAACACAGACAACCUCGUUUUCUACUGGAUAUUUUGACUAGAGGCGUGAAAGUAUGAGUACAUUUGCAGGGCGAAUGAAAGAGUAUCCAAACAUUUCUUUGGAUCGCUUCGACAACGACAACUUAAACGCGCAUGCAUAUUUUCUGUCGCACUGUCAUAAAGAUCACAUGAGAGGAAUUAAAGGACCAAAGCUGAAAAGAAGGCUUCAGUCCAGCCGCAAAGUCAGACUUUACUGCUCGUUUGUGACCAAAGAGCUCCUGCUGAGCAGUCCCAAGUACCAUUUUUGGGAGAACGUCAUUGUUCCCUUAGAACUGGAAAGCCCAACUCAGAUUUCUCUGCUUGAUGAGGUGUCAGGAGAGAGUGAAGAGGUUGUGGUCACGCUGCUUCCCGCUGGUCACUGUCCGGGCUCAGUCAUGUUCCUGUUUGAAGGUUGCAGAGGGAACGUGUUGUACACUGGAGACUUCCGGUUGGCAGUUGGAGACGUGUCAAGGAUGGAACAUCUGCACUCAGGAAGCAGAGUGAAGGACAUUCAGAGUGUUUAUGUGGACUCCACCUUCUGUGACCCUCGUUUCUACCAGAUUCCUUCUCGGGAGGAGUGUGUGAACGCCAUCGUGCGUCUGGUGGGCGACUGGAUCGCUCAGAGCUGCUACCACAUGGUGUGGUUCAACUGCAAGGCGGCCUACGGCUACGAGUACUUGUUCACCAAGUUAGGAGAAGAGUUCAACACGCAGGUGCACGUCAAAAACCUACUGAUGUUCCGGAGGAUGCCGGAGAUCCUGAGCUACGUGACCACGGACCGCAGGACGCAGAUUCACGCCUGUCGACCCCAUAAGAAUGAGAUGUAUCUCUACGGCAACCGAUUACCGUGCGGCUGCACAGCAUCAGACGGGACGUGUCUUCGCGUGAUGAGCAUCAAACCUUCCACCAUGUGGUUUGGAGAGAGGACUAAGAAGACCAACGUCAUUGUCAAAUCAGGAAGCACUUCCUUCCGAGCCUGUUUCAGCUUCCACUCGUCCUAUUGUGAGAUUAAAGACUUCCUGUCCCACCUCCAGCCUGUCCACGUCUAUCCCAACGUCAUCCCGCUGGGACACACGGUCAGCCAAGUCACGCAGAUGCUCCAGCAGAUGUGCAGGAAGCAGUCAGAGGAGGCGUUCACAUACAAACCACUAGGGGCGCUCAAGCGCAGCGUAGACAUGAGAACGCCUUGUGAUUCCGACAGCGAUGAUGAGCUCUUUGACGGGAUGGACACGGCGCCAGUGAGGAAGAAGCUAGCGCUGAGCCACCACGUUGAAGACGCUCCCAGUCCGCACAACACAGCACCCCCUGCCUCUGAGGAGGACUCGGUGCAUGCGACACUCCUGCCACCCAGCACAAACAUUUACACAAACAACUACAUGGACUGUACUGAGUCCAAUGACGAGGACGAGGACGAGGACGAGGCGAGCGAUGAGGAGGUUAACACCCAGGCAGAACGUGGCUCAGGUGAGCCCCCCAGGUGGGAGGACUUUUUUACCGUGGAGAGCCUACCAGACAGCCAGAACAGCCAAUCAGAGCCCUGCUCCGUCUCAGGCUCCUCCCCCUCCAGGAGGACAGACUCACAGACAUUUGAAGUGUUCAGCGAACAGGAGGAGAGUCCGGAUGACAACUUUAGUCUGGCUCUGUCCGCCUCCUUGUCCAACCAUUCCUCACAGAACCAGGACUCAGAUCCUCCUCGCACCUUCAUCCAUUCACAGAACGCCAGCGGCUCCCCGGAAGAGCUUCCGGAGUCUCAGGCGUCGUCAGACUUUGACAUUCCCUGCACCCCGGAGUCCAAGAGGCCAUCCCCUGACGAACUGUCUCAACUGUACAGGAAGUUGGCGUCGGGAGAGGAAGUGCUGCCGCAGACAGGAAGUCAGUGUUCUACGUGACAGGAAGUCACAGCUCUGCUUGAGGUAGUGAUUACAAAAUAAUGAUUUGUCUGGAAAUAAAGGGGAAAAAAACUGCC